AGUUCUCCCGUGGCCCCUACCUCCGCCAUUUUCCUUGUUGUUUCUGUUUCGUGAGGAGAAGAAGAUUUUUUGUUUUUCAUAUUUACUCAGGAUCUGGAUUUAUUAUCGUGCAGCCGAUUCGACUUUGUAUUUAUACCCUUCUUCUCUUUGCAGAGGAGGAGGAGGGUGUUUGACUUAUUUUCGCAGCGGACCGGUAUCUGCAGAAAGCGAACAUGUACAUUAAGCAGGUCAUCAUCCAGGGCUUCCGCAGCUACAGAGACCAGACAGUGGUCGACCCCUUCAGCUCGAAACAUAAUGUUAUCGUUGGGAGAAAUGGAUCUGGAAAGAGUAACUUCUUUUACGCCAUUCAGUUUGUGCUGAGUGAUGAGUUCAGUCAUUUGCGCCCGGAGCAGCGCCUGGCCCUGCUGCAUGAAGGCACAGGACCUCGAGUCAUUUCUGCUUUCGUGGAAAUUAUAUUUGACAACUCUGACAACAGGCUUCCGAUUGACAAGGAGGAGGUGUCACUGCGUCGUGUCAUUGGGGCGAAAAAGGACCAGUACUUCCUUGACAAGAAAAUGGUGACUAAGAACGAUGUGAUGAACUUGCUGGAGAGUGCAGGUUUCUCCCGCAGUAACCCGUACUACAUCGUAAAGCAGGGAAAGAUCAACCAGAUGGCCACGGCUCCUGACUCACAGCGUCUGAAGCUCCUGAGGGAGGUUGCAGGCACCAGAGUGUAUGAUGAGCGGAAGGAGGAGAGUAUCUCCCUGAUGAAGGAGACAGAGGGGAAGAGGGAGAAGAUUAACGAACUGCUGAAGUACAUAGAAGAGCGACUUCACACGCUAGAAGAUGAGAAAGAGGAGCUGGCACAGUACCAGAAAUGGGACAAGAUGAGGAGAGCACUGGAGUACACCAUCUACAAUCAGGAGCUCAACGAGACUCGCGCCAAACUUGAUGAGCUGUCCAGUAAGAGAGAGACGUGUGGGGACAAAUCCAGGCAGCUACGUGAUGCCCAGCAGGACGCCAGAGACAAAGUCGAGGAGACGGAACGUGUUGUGCGGGAGCUGAAGGCUCGUAUCUCGGCGAUGAAGGAGGAGAAGGAGCAGCUGAGUGCUGAGCGGCAGGAGCAGAUCAAACAGAGAACUAAACUGGAGCUCAAAGCCAAAGACCUGCAGGACGAACUGGCAGGCAACAGCGAACAGAGGAAACGGCUGCUGAAAGAGAGGCAGAAGCUGUUGGAGAAGAUUGAGGAGAAGCAGAAGGAACUGCAGGAGACUGAGCCCAAAUUCAACACUGUGAAGGAGAAAGAGGAGAGGGGCAUUUCCAGAUUGGCCCAGGCCACUCAGGAGCGCACAGACCUGUACGCUAAGCAGGGCCGUGGCAGUCAGUUCACCUCCAAAGAGGAGAGGGACAAGUGGAUCAAGAAGGAGCUGAAGUCCCUCGACCAGGCCAUCAACGACAAGAAACGGCAGAUUGCCGCUAUCCACAAAGACCUGGAGGAUACCGAGGCCAACAAGGAGAAGAACCUGGAGCAGUACAAUAAACUGGACCAAGACCUGAACGAGGUAAAAACCCGCGUGGAGGAAUUAGAUAAGAAGUACUAUGAGGUGAAGAACAGGAAGGACGAGCUGCAGAGCGAGAGAAACUACCUGUGGAGAGAGGAGAAUGCAGAGCAGCAGGCCCUGGCAGCCAAGAGAGAGGACCUGGAGAAGAAACAACAGCUACUGCGUGCUGCAACCGGAAAGGCCAUCCUGAAUGGCAUCGACAGCAUUAAUAAAGUGUUGGAGCACUUCCGCCGGAAAGGCAUCAAUCAGCACGUCAUCAACGGUUACCAUGGCAUCGUCAUGAACAACUUUGAGUGCGAACCUGCCUUCUACACCUGCGUGGAGGUGACUGCUGGAACCAGACUGUUUUACCACAUCGUAGAAACUGAUGAGGUGAGCACUAAAAUUCUGAUGGAGUUCAAUAAGAUGAACCUGCCUGGUGAAGUCACCUUCCUGCCCCUCAGCAAGCUAGACGUCCGGGACACUGCAUACCCCGAGACCAACGAUGCCAUCCCGAUGAUCAGCAAACUGCGAUACAGUCCAAACUUCGAUAAAGCUUUCAAGCAUGUGUUCGGGAAGACCCUUAUCUGCCGAAGUAUGGAGGUUUCCACCCAGCUAGCCCGAGCCUUCACCAUGGACUGCAUCACUCUGGAGGGUGACCAGGUGAGUCAUCGCGGCGCUCUGACUGGCGGCUAUUAUGACACACGGAAGUCUCGCUUGGAGCUUCAGAAGGACAUGCGGAAAGCUGAGGAGGAGCUCGCAGAGCUGGAGGCCAAACUUAACGAGAACCUGCGCAGAAACAUCGAACGUAUUAAUAACGAGAUUGAUCAGCUGAUGAACCAAAUGCAGCAGAUUGAGACACAACAGAGGAAGUUUAAGGCCUCCAGAGACAGCAUUCUCUCUGAAAUGAAGAUGCUCAAGGAAAAGAGGCAGCAGUCUGAGAAAACAUUCAUGCCAAAGCAACGCAGUCUGCAGAGUCUGGAGGCCAGUCUGCAUGCAAUGGAAAGCACACGGGAGUCUUUAAAGGCCGAGCUCGGGACUGACCUGCUCUCCCAGCUCAGCUUGGAGGACCAGCGCCGUGUUGAUGAUCUCAAUGACGAGAUCAGACAGCUGCAGCAGGACAACAGACAGCUGCUGAAUGAGAGAAUUAAACUGGAGGGCAUUAUGACCAGAGUUGAGACGUACCUCAACGAGAACCUGCGGAAACGUCUUGAUCAGGUGGAACAGGAGCUGAAUGAGCUGAGAGAGACGGAAGGAGGAACAGUCCUCACAGCCACUACGUCAGAAUUAGACGGCAUCAACAAACGCAUUAAAGAUACAAUGGCCCGCUCAGAGGACCUGGACUCACUAAUCGAUAAGACUGAGAUUGAGAUCAAGGACCACAUUAAGAGCAUGGAUCGCUGGAAGACCAUUGAGAAGGAGCAGAACGAUGCCAUCAACCAUGACACCAAGGAGCUGGAGAAGAUGACCAACCGGCAGGGAAUGCUGCUGAAGAAGAAGGAGGAGUGCAUGAAGAAGAUCCGCGAGCUCGGCUCGUUGCCCCAGGAGGCUUUCGAGAAGUAUCAGACACUCACGCUCAAACAGCUAUUCCGGAAGCUGGAGCAGUGUAACACAGAGCUGAAGAAGUACAGCCAUGUGAACAAGAAGGCUCUGGACCAGUUUGUGAAUUUCUCUGAGCAGAAAGAGAAGCUGAUUAAGAGACAAGACGAGCUGGACAGGGGCUACAAAUCCAUCAUGGAGCUCAUGAAUGUCCUGGAGCUGCGCAAAUACGAGGCCAUCCAGCUCACUUUCAAACAAGUGUCGAAAAAUUUCAGUGAGGUGUUCCAGAAGCUUGUUCCGGGAGGGAAGGCCACUCUAGUGAUGAAGAAAGGAGACGCUGAGGGGGGACAAUCUCAGGACGAAGGCGAGGGCGGAACUGACAGUGAGAGAGGCUCCGCCUCACAGAGCAGCGUGCCAAGUGUUGACCAGUUCACUGGAGUUGGCAUCCGGGUGUCAUUCACAGGCAAGCAGGGAGAGAUGAGGGAGAUGCAGCAGUUGUCUGGAGGUCAGAAAUCUCUGGUGGCACUUGCCCUCAUCUUCGCCAUUCAGAAGUGCGAUCCUGCCCCCUUCUAUCUGUUUGAUGAGAUCGACCAGGCCUUAGACGCCCAGCACAGAAAAGCUGUGUCAGACAUGAUCGUGGAACUGGCAGGACAUGCUCAGUUCAUCACCACCACUUUCAGACCAGAGCUGCUGGAGUCAGCCGACAAAUUCUAUGGAGUCAAAUUCAGAAACAAGGUGAGUCACAUCGAUGUGAUCUCGGCGGAGCAGGCGAAGGACUUCGUGGAGGACGACACCACUCAUGGCUAAAUGACGAAGACUUUUCCUCUCCUCCUCCUCCUUUUCUGUCUGUCUGUUCUAGUUCCCACACUUCGUUCUGCCCAGUUGGAGUGAAUGAAACAUGUACCAGUUUUUUUUUCUAAUCUGAUUUUAAGCAGGUUAGGGUUUUUGUAAGCUGCCGUUGUGUUUGAGAAAAGCAUUUUCUUUAUUGUUAAAUCUUGUAUUUCACACAGAAAAAACACUGAAAACGCAUGUUUGUUUUUAAUUAUUCUGCUGAAAUGUGUUGUGCUGUUUUAUUUUAACCCAUUUAUUUCAAUUUGAAAGACACCCUGGGGGGCUGAUCGUACGGAUGCUUUUCAAAAGAAAAAAGAAAAAAAAAAAAAACGUAUGGAAGUCAACUUUCGGAUAGCUUUAGGCAGAGUGGGUGUGAUGACACAUCUUCAGUUUCUUCCCUCAGCCCCUCAGCCUGCCCUGUGUGGUAACGUUUGCAUCUUGUUCAGUAACGGCCAAAAAAUCCCCGUCAGGCCUGCAUACGUUGGGAAAAACCUUUCAACUUGAAAUAACUGAACGUCCAGUUUUUAGCCAUCUGUUAUAUAUUUCUCUCAUUCUGUAGCUUCCCUGACUCAUUAAAAUAUUGUUUUUAAAAUUUUAAAUUCCUUAGGCUAUUUCAGAUCAAAGUAGUCUAUUUUACUUAAUAACCCACUUUAAUGUGUUUUUCACUCGUUAUUCCAAAACAAUAAAUAAAGAUGUCCAGAUGUA